UGGAAGUGGAAAGCGUAGAUCGGCCGAUUACCUAUUGUGCGAGUGUCAGUGCCAGCCUUCGCCUUCGCCUGGCCGAUGUAGACGCGCAGCUUUCGUCGCCCCUGGCAUGCUCGGUGGGGCCUCGGAUUACUCUUCGUAGGACUCUCGAAAAACUAUUCCGGAGAUGGAUUGUGAUUUGACGAAUGGUCCUACCGUGAUAAACGGUACAGCAGCUCAGGAAGUGAUGACCGAAGAGGAGCGUGCACUGGAAAGUGAGUUACUCAGCUGUAAAACUGCCCUGGAGAAUGCCCGGAGAACUGUUGCAGACACCGACUUUUAUAAAAUGACGGAGCAUAUUUUAGAAUUAGGAAGAAUAAAAUUCAAAGCUCGAAAGCACCUUCGCGGACACUUGGCCAAGGUUACAUGCGUCCAGUGGGGUUCCGAUAGCCAGCUGCUCCUCUCUGCUUCCCAGGAUGGUAAACUCUUUGUUUGGGACACUUUCACGGGAAAGAAGAUUCAUAUGAUACCCUUAAAAACUGCCUGGGUUAUGGGCUGUGCCUUCUCACCAUCUUUGAACUGCGUCGCUAGUGGUGGUCUGGAUAACAUGAUCUCUUUGUUCACGUUGAAAUCUCGGGAUAACACUGCGACACAUGUCAAGGACCUCACCGGACAUUCUGGGUACGUUGGUUGCCUUAGGUUUACGGAUGAGCAACACUUGUUGACAAGCUCCGGGGAUAAAACAUGUGGCUAUUGGGACCUCGAGCUUGGUAAACUGAUAUCCAGUCAUCGGGGCCAUGCAAACGAUGUGACAGCAGUGGCAGUUUCUAAGCAGGUACCGACUAUGUUUGUGUCUUCUUCAUCUGACCAUACUUGUCGGUUGUGGGAUCUGCGGUGUACAGAAGCAGUGCAGUAUUUUGACGGGCACCAGCAAGAUGUCAAUGGCGUGGACUUCUUUCCGGUUAAUUCAUAUGCCUUUGUCUCCUCUUCUGACGACGGUUCUUGCAGACUUUGGGAUAUUCGUGCUGAUCAAGCCAUUGGAGUUUACAUAGACGAUUUUAUCAACUGCGGCAGCAGCAGUGUCGCAGUUUCUAAAUCUGGACGGUUGCUCAUAGCUGGUUACGAUGAUUUCAACUGCCAUGUGUGGGAUCUAUUAAGAGAGGAACGCGUUGGAAUCCUUUCUGCCCACGAAAAUCGGGUCUGUACAGUUGCGAUCUCUGAAAGUGGUAUUGGCGUCGCAACCGGAUCUUGGGACACAAUUUGUCUUAUCUGGACUUCAAAGUAAUAUGGAAUUAUUAACCAAUCAUCCUCCUGUGUGCAUUGUCUUGCAAGAUAUACUGAGCUUACGGACUUCAAAAACACUUCCUACCUAACUUAACGAGGUGAGUCGCUCACUCCCUGGUGUCACAGCGUCUUGUGUACAACUUGACCUUGUACUUCAAGCACUGCCUAAGUCCUAUUGUGACUGCCACUUUUGUCUUUUUCUUAUUUUAUUUACAUAGGUACACCGACCAGAGUUUUUCACGAAACAGUUGGUGCAUGUUGACAACGCCUUGUCACCAUGGUUCUUUAUUUGUCUUUCUUUCUUAACUACUGACUCGAAAUUUCUCGCGCCAGAAACUUAUUUCUCGCUUCAUGUUUACGUUCUACUCCUAACAACUUGCGCGAUAACCCCUGCCUCUUUAGGGGUGUGUAGGUUUAUAUUUUGAAAGUCACUGGUCUCCUGUCUGGUUUAAUCUGCCCUCACCUGUUUAUGAUCUCUUUGCGGACAUUUUUGGCUCUUUUAUGACAGACUUACUAGUAAGCCUAAUGUUGAUAUGCUUUUCAUUCGCACCUGUUUUUCCUCAUUUUGUUGUUCCGCCUGUGGGCUUUCUAAAUAUGAAAUUCGACCUCUUUCUGCGUUCACUCGGUUUCGAACCUAUCGUUGUUCUGGUAAACUUUUCAGCUCCCUCGU